UAUUUGUGUCAAUCUCAAAAGAAGCUAUAAAAAUGGUGUCUUUACCGUUCCAAUAUUCACUGCCACACUCUCAAUUUCAGAAAAUGGGUUUGGAUUUCUUCACUAAGAAGCCAUACUCCCCACCUUCAUGGGCUUCUCAUCUCAAUCCCAUACCUUCUCACACCUUCUCUCUGGGCAAUCUUACUACUCCCAUUCACAAAUGGAAUCUUCCUAAUUUGCCUAACAACACUGAAGUUUGGUUGAAGCGUGAUGAUCUUUCUGGGGUGCAAUUGAGUGGUAACAAAGUCAGAAAGUUGGAGUUUUUGCUGGCAGAAGCUGUAGAACAAGGUGCUGAUUGUAUCAUAAUAAUUGGAGGCAUUCAAAGCAACCACUGCCGCGCAACUGCUGUGGCUGCGAGAUAUCUGAAUCUCGACUCUUAUCUCAUACUACGCACCUCUAAGGUUUCGGACCAAGAUCCAGGAUUGACAGGCAAUCUUCUGGUGGAGCGGUUGGUUGGAGCUCAUGUUGAACUCAUUUCAGAAACAGAAUAUGCAAAAAUUGGGAGUGUGGCUCUUACCAACCAACUCAAAGAAAAGUUGAUAAGUGAAGGGAGAAAGCCAUAUGUUAUUCCUGUUGGUGGAUCAAACUCCUUAGGAACCUGGGGCUAUAUUGAAGCGAUUCGAGAGAUCGAGCAGCAACUCGAAACUGGGAAUGCUGAUCUAAAGUUUGAUGACAUUGUUGUACCUUGUGGCAGUGGUGCUACAGUUGCUGGUCUCUCAUUGGGAUCAUGGUUGAGCUCUCUCAAGGCAAAAGUUCAUGCAUUCUCUGUUUGUGAUGACCCUGAUUACUUCCAUGACUUUGUGCAAAGCCUACUUGAUGGCCUUGAAGCUGGUGUUGACUCACGUGACAUUGCUACCAUACAAAAUGCCAAAGGUAUGGGAUAUGCAAUUAGUACUCAAGAGGAGCUUAAGUUUAUUAAGGACAUUGCUGCAGCCACCGGCAUUGUUCUUGACCCUGUUUAUAGUGGGAAGGGUGCUUAUGGAUUGUUGAAAGACAUGAGCGAGCAUCCGGAGAAGUGGGAAGGGAGAAAGAUCCUCUUCAUACACACCGGCGGGUUGCUCGGGUUGUAUGAAAAGGCUGAGCAGAUGGCUUCUUUGGUAGGAAAUUGGCGUCGAAUGGACGUGCCUGAAUCUGUUCCGCGCGAGGAUGGUAUUGGAAAAAUGUUCUGAGAAAUAGCAAAACAAAUACUGCAAAAUGGUUGCACCAUAAAUAAUUAUUAUUAUUAUGAUGAUGAUUAUUAUUAUUGAGAUGAUUAUUAGAGAGCAUAAUAAUUAUCUCUUGAUGUUGUUUGAAAGGGAAAGAGUCAACCAAUUCUAAUGGCGUAGGUAGAUAAUAAAGUCAGGUGGGCAGAUGUUGCUCUAAUCAUUAUUUAAAAUUAAAAGUAGAAUUUUGUUUCUCUCUCAGGUUCAAGUUAUAAUUAUUGAAUAAUGAGGAGUAGUAUGAAACAUUAGGAUUAAGAUUAACUAGAG